AUGCCGACCCCCGAGUCCGAGGCUUUCCUGGCCAAGAAGCCGACCGUGCCACCAACCUUCGACGGGGUCGACUACGAUGACAACAAGCGCCUCAAGCAGGCCCAGGACGCCAUCAUCCGGGAGCAAUGGGUGCAGGUCAUGAUGGGACGUCUCGUUCGGGAAGAGCUGAGCAAGUGCUACUACCGGGAGGGUGUUAACCACCUGGAGAAGUGCGGCCCUUUGCGAGAGCGGUAUCUCCAGUUGCUUGAGAAGAAUAGAGUCCGGGGCUCAGUACGAGGCACCUUGCCUGCCGAGAAAUUUUUGGACCUGGACCUUCAACACCGCGACCACGAACCUGGUCCGGACAUCAACACGCCCAACUUCCCCAUAGCAGCCGCCGCAGCUCCUGCGCCUGCGGCAAGCGAUGCGACGACAGCUCCAGAAGAGGCCGCGGCGCGGUCAACAUGCCCAGCGGGCACAGUCCUCAACGGCCUGAAUUACUUCAAGGGAAAGUCGGACCCCGUCGCGCUGCCGGACAACGAGUACCCGGAGUGGCUGUGGUCGUGCCUCGACGUGACGAAGGGGUCAGCGGCAGAGGAGGAUGCGGACGCCGGUGAUGAAUUCUCAAAAUCCAAGAAGCAGCGCCGAAUAGCCGCCAAGCGGCAGCGCGAGCUCGAGGCCAAGAUGCUGGCGACCGGCAACCUCGAGGCGCUGGCGCCCAAGAUUCCCUUACAGCAGCAGUCGAUCAACCUGCCGGGGAAGCCGGAAGGCGACGUGAAGGACGCGAUCGUGGCAAUUGAGAAGCGGGAGGAGCUGAGGAAGGCGAUGAGGAAGGAGAGGAAGGCCAAGAUCAAGGAGGACAACUACCUCAAGUCCAUGUAA